AAUGCAAUGGGACAAAACCAGGGAAAGGAGGAAGAACCAGGGCAGGACAACAGCACGGCAGGACCAGAGGAAAAGGGACCAAACCCAGACCCUGGGGGAGCAACGGAGGAAGGAAAUCCAACCAUUGAGACUCGUAAUGUCGUGGCAGAGAAAGCAGCCAGUGGAAGCUUGGAUGAAGGCCCAGGCAGGGAGUCAACAUCACCUACGCUGGAGCCGGGUUUGGAAUCUCAUGAUAAGGUGUGCGCUCCCACGGAUGGGGGGUUGGUGGAGGGAGGGGAUGGAGAAAAAGAGGGAGGUAGAAAGAGUUGUGAGCAAGGCAGGGCCGAACCACUGGCUCCACAGCAGAUGAAUGAAAUCAGGCGGUCGGAAAGCACGCAAGCCAUAUGGGAGGCCAGAUCUAGUGAACCUGUUCACGAGAGAGAGGAUAUGGAAAAAGGAGAAGUUGGCGAACUAGUAGACUCGGAGUAUAUGCUAAAAGACCAUCUACAACAAUUUCAGCAUCAGGGGAACCUUAGUUGUUACCCUGCUGGCAAAGACGAAAGUGAAUGGCCUCAUGAAGAAGAAAACGGGAGUGAAAAGGAAACACGUGAAUCAGACGUAAAGGACAAAAUGGAAUCUGUCUAUGGAAUUGAAAACAAGCUUGUGUGCCAAGAAGGAAACGGAAAACUAGAAGCUGGAGCUACAGAUCUCCUAAAUAUAAAUACAAGCAGAAUUGUGAAAGGUGCCCAUGAUUUUGGUUUAACAAAUACAGGGCCUGCUGAUGUGACCUCUGAGGUUCUGGAGCAGGAGAACCAUUCAAAACCACUGGAGGCUGAUGGACAGAUAGAAGGUGAAGAUCAUAACACAGGUACAUCACCUGCCAAAACAAAAGUUCACUUAUUUGUUUCCAUAACAAACAAUGAAAAUGUUACGUUGAAGAACAGCCCAGAUGAAUCACACAACAAAAGGCCGAUAAAUGUGCCCAGAACAUCAAACCUGGGGAUGAACUCGCCAACUGAGACUUCAGAGGACAUUAAUGAGGCAAUUCAGCAAGUCAAAAAAGAAAUCGAGAACCCAUCAGAGGAUCCAGAUAAGGAUGUAGCGGAAAACCCAAACACUAAACGCUCCCCAAUGAACGCUGAAAUCCAGGGAUGUACAAUGAAAAGUGUCUGCGGAGGUAAAGAAAAUGUUGCAGGGUUUGGGCCAGCGGAUGAUGUCAUUGAUACUGUGAGCCAAAAGGAGUUCAGCUCCUUAGAAGUGGCAUCCAAAUCCCCCCUGGGUCAAACUGAGAGCCAUCAGCAAAUAACUGCAGGCGAACUUGCACAGGAUGAGCAACAGAUAGGAAGACAAUUUAAUGUGUCAGACUUGGAGAGCUUUGAGACAAAGGAACGUUCACUGGAGAGAUCACCUGCUGGAGGUCAAAAAAAUAAAGAUGGCAUAAGGGAGGCUGAAGAAAUAAAAAAUCUGGAGCGUGCUUCAAAGGGCCUGCUUUUUUCCCAUGCAAUAAAAAAUGAGAUUAAAGAUCUUUCUCUGCAUGGAACAGAAUCGGAGGAGGGUUAUUUUGUGACAUCUAACGUAAGUACGCCGACUGAAAACAAACCCGUUCAACAAAGCUAUGAAGAUGAGAGAUGUGCUACAUCCUUUGAAGACAUAACAGAUUCUCACCCCCCUUCUAAACGCGACGUUCAAGUUACUCCAAAAGACGAAAUUGAGGAUUCCCCUCUUUCACAGAAGGCCAAAGUAUACAAAGAGGAGAGUCUAGAAGGUCCAAAGCUAGAUAUACUAACCCUGCCUUUGACAUUAAUUGAUGCUACACAUAAUCGUACCUCUUCCCGUAAUGCAGUGGUUGAUGCUACUGACCAGCAAGAAUUAAACCUCAACAAAAGGAUAGACAAAGACGGACAGUCGAAUCCAAAUAUCAUUAGCUUACAGAUAGACAUACAUAAGGAAACAUCUGCAACCGGUUCCUCUGAGCUUGUAGCUGGUCCUGAGACAGAUCCAGAUCACAAAAACAGGCCAAAGAUCACACCACUUCUUCCAAGUGUGGACAAGAAGACUAAACUUGCUAUGUCUGGUUCCCCUCAACAUUACAAAAAAGAUUUUACAAAGACUUUAACAAAUGAGGCAACCCAUUCCACAGUAAGCCCGACAGAUGAAUCCGAUCAAGUCCACGAUGGAUGUGCUGCAGGACCUGCAUUAUCAGGCAGCGCAACGAACACAUCUGCCGCACAAGACGUGCAACAUUCCUCCAUCAUGUGCAACCUAAUAAGUACGCAAGAUAAUGUGCAGUGCAAGCACACUUUGCAUGUGCUCGCCUCCAAUACGGAGGAGAAACCUUCAAGUCUGCUUGACGAUAAGCAUGUGACUCAAAGCAACCUGAACGCAGAUGCUGCUUCCACAGUUAUGGAGUUAACACAAGGUGUCCACAAAAGCAGACAUGUUUCUGAUAUGAUAAAGGAAACCAUUGAGUUGCAGAAGAAGAUGAAGGAGUGGACCAAGCCUACAGAGACCCGGGUCGACCUGACCUUGGAUCCAACACAGUCUGUGAAAGUAGCACAGAUGAAAGCAGCAUUUGAUUCACCAAAAAAAUCACCCGACAAAGUGCCAGAGAGGAAAGCUUCAGUGAAAAAAGAUAUGUUCAAGCGGGUUGUGCGACAGAGCAAGUUCCGGCAUGUGUUCGGGCAGGCGGUGAAGAACGACCAGUGCUACGAUGACAUCAGGGUGUCCAGGGUGACAUGGGAUAGUUCCUUCUGUGCGGUCAACCCCAAAUUCGUUGCCAUAAUCGUGGAAGCCAGCGGAGGUGGAGCAUUUAUGGUUUUGCCUCUUAGUAAGACGGGCCGUAUAGAUAAGUCCUACCCUACAGUAUGUGGCCACACCGGUCCUGUUCUGGACAUUGACUGGUGCCCUCACAAUGACGAGGUCAUCGCCAGUGGAUCUGAAGACUGCACCGUGAUGGUGUGGCAGAUCCCAGAGAAUGGUUUGUUGACCCCAUUGUCAGAGCCAGCGGUUGUACUGGAGGGUCAUUCAAAAAGAGUGGGCAUUGUUACCUGGCACCCCACCGCACGUAACGUUCUCCUCAGCGCAGGAUGUGAUAAUGUGGUUAUUAUCUGGAAUGUGGGGACGGGAGAGGCCAUGAUCAAUCUGGAGGAUAUGCACCCUGACCUCAUCUACAGCGCGUGCUGGAACCGCAAUGGCAGUCUCAUCUGCACUGCCUCCAAAGACAAGAAAAUCCGUGUGAUUGAUCCUCGCAAGGAGGAGAUCACUGCGGAGAAGGACAAAGCCCACGAGGGUGCCAGACCCUUGAGAGCCAUCUUCAUGUCUGACGGCAAAGUGUUUACCACUGGCUUUAGCCGUAUGAGUGAGAGACAGCUCGCGCUUUGGGAUCCGGAGAACAUAGAUGAGCCCAUGUCUGUCCAUGAGAUGGACACCAGUAAUGGAGUCCUGCUGCCCUUCUAUGACCCUGAUACUAAUGUGGUCUACCUGUGUGGAAAGGGUGACAGCAGCAUCCGUUACUUUGAGAUCACGGAUGAGGCUCCCUAUGUCCAUUACCUCAGCACUUUUACCACCAAGGAGCCGCAGAGAGGCAUGGGAUACAUGCCCAAGAGAGGACUGGACGUCAACAAGUGUGAGAUUGCAAGGUUUUACAAACUGCAUGAGAGAAAGUGUGAGCCCAUCAUCAUGACUGUGCCACGAAAAUCGGACUUGUUCCAGGAUGAUCUGUACCCUGACACGGCGGGGCCCGAGGCCGCCCUGGAGGCCGAAGAGUGGUUCGAGGGGAAGAAUGGAGAUCCCAUCCCGAUAUCCCUGAAACACGGAUACGUUGCUGGCAAGAACCGUGACCUCAAAGUGGUCAAGAGGAACAUCCUGGACAACAAGAUCACCAAGAACACUGAGAACACCAGCCAUGCCCACAAGUCCCAUGCCACCUCAACGCCAUCAAUUAAAAGCGAAGCCAAGCUGGACGAGGUUUUAAAAGAAAUCAAAUCUCUCCGAGAGCUGGUCAGCAGUCAGGAGAAACGAAUUGCCAAACUCGAGGAGCAGUUGUCUAACAAGGACGACUAGAGGAACCCGUAAUCCCCUCCCCUUCUUCUAUUCAGGCCAGGUGGGCGGGACCCGUCACUGCCAAUCACCAUGACAUCGUUCCGUCUAAAGCCCGCCUUGCAAAGACUCCAACUUACAUUCCAAGAUAAAUGUUUUUUUUCCAUUCGCAUUCCCCUAAGACCUGUUUACAAAUGUCCAUUAGGAAAUCGAGAAGCACCUCGAAACUUCUACUCAUUUAGCUUUUACCCUCACUCCAAAUUUUUCUGUAACCGCUGUGUUUUAUCUGGUGUUCUUGAGUGGUCUUAAGUUUGUUUAUUUCUUAUUAAAAAUUGUGACCAAGAAAAUUGUAUUGUGAAGCAGUUACGUGAACUUACGACGAGCUCGGAGGUGGCAGCCGUCAGUAUUGAAAUUGCCCCUCUCUGCUCUUAUGAGUUGCCAAAUUUGUUGAGUUCUGUGUCAGCACCUUCCUGACAGUAUUCGACUUGCUUUUCUUAUGUCUUAUCUCAACGGAUAUGAUAGUAAUGCAGGGACGUGGGAAAUCAUUGGGAGCAUUCAUCACUGUCAAAAGUGUCUUUCUGGAACAAGCCAAAUAAUAAAAAUAAAGAUUUUAAACAGCCGGGAAAAUUUUAAAA